UUGUUUUUUUUAAGGACCCUAAUCCUUUUUCUUUUCUCCUUUGGCUCCGAAUCGCCGCCGCCUUCCAGUUGCGCCGCUGAUGCCGGACCUCCGAGCACAACCUCCGGUCAGCAAGCACCAAGGAGGAGUGUCCUCCUUGUGCCGCCACCCUUGGCUGCGAGGGCUGCCCGCGCACUACUGCUCGGCCGCCGUCGUCGCCAUUCAGCCCUUCUGCUCCGAACCGUCCGGAGCCCACUGUCACCAUCCACUGACACCGGCAGCACCUUCCAGCAACACCGGACAGCAGCUACCAGCUGCUGCCCGCGCGCCUGCCGCGCCCGAGUGCCGCCGCUUGCUGCGGCUGCCGGAGGACUCUACAGCCGGCUGUCCCUGCCGGCUGUCCCUGACGGCUGAGAGGUCCUUCCGCUGAAGCUCCUCUUCCUUGCCCUGGAAAACAGCAAGUGUUGCUGUUCAAGCUGGCUCAGAAUACCCUGCAGCUGGAAACACUGUUCCGGCCAGCAAUAGUUGCUUCCGGAACUGAGAUGUUGCUGAACUCGCUGUUGGCAGCGAGUUUGAGGUUCCUUGGGGUUACAAGGGUGGUAGUCGCCUGUUGAGUUGUACUGUUUGGUUGCAAUUGCCGCUGGGUACCAAUCAGACCUAGAUCCCUCUAUCGGAUCGACUUGUUUCCAAUAAACAUUGUGUUUCCGAUAAACGUUGGGCUACCCAACAAAGAGUAGAUUAACAUUGUGCUUGCCAGUAAUUUUUCCUAUUGGAUGAGUAACCUAAACUCAUCGAAAAGAAGCAUUGUUACUAAUUUUUGUAUCAAGUUAGAUGAGCAUGAACAGAUUCACAUUCAAUCUUUCAGCACUAUCCCAUAUUUGUGAUACAUUACUCUAGUAGCUUUCUUCUUUGCAGGUAGGAAAAAUGUAUUCCACAUCUGCUUCAUUACUUGUGCUAUUUCUGUAAAAACCUGCAUAUUUAUUCUUCCAUGAUAACUAUGGUGCGGGAAGAUUUGAGCCCUUCUUGCCUGUGCAGAAUCUUUUUCAAUGGAGUUGGAGUUCUUACAUCGGAACCAAGCAGAUAUCUGUUCCUUAAAGAGGCAUAGUGUAUUCUGAUCUCAUGGGAAGUUGGAGUUGGAAGGCCAAUGUGACACAAUGAAUGAUCAAUCCAGGAGGACAUCUAUCGGAGCCGAACGAACAUAAAUCUCUCGACCAAAGAGGGUCGGAAAGCAACUCGCCGUUUCUUCCACCUUUGCCAAAGAUUCAAUGGAACAACAAGGAGAAAGCAGCCCACAUGGUUUCCAAGCCAGGAACCACUUUCCACAUCCUCUUCCACUGCCCUUAUCCGUCAGCAAAGCACCUAACAAUUCUCUUCACCAUCAGCAACCCCAAAAAGCAGCACACGAGCCUCCAACCGCACUUAGUUUUCUUCUUCAAAGCAUGGAAUAUAUCCAUUGAUUAAUCAUUCUGAUUAGUUUGAUCAGGCCUUGGGCAUUAAGGAAGUGAAGGUUAAUCUCAGGGUUUACAUUUUAUGCAGACACCAAGGCAUGGCUCACUUGCAGAUUGUGCCAGCAGGGAGCAAGCCUGUGGAGGCUCAGUUUGUGGAGAUGAAGGUCCCCCUCUACUCUUAUGGCUGCGAGAAGAAGGUCAAGAGGGCACUGUCUCAUCUUAGAGGAAUUCAUUCAGUACGCGUGGAUUACGAGUUGCAGAAGGUGACGGUUUGGGGAAUUUGCAAUAAGGAUGAUGUUCUCGCCACCGUCAAGAAGAAGAGGAGGGAGGCACGAUUCUGGGACCAAUCGUUGGAGUGUGAUCAGGCAGCACCACCUUCGGAGGAGGUGGAGGAAGAAGAUGACAAAGAGAUUCACCAUGUUUCGUCGCGUCUUUCAGCCAUAAAAGGCUUCAAAUUCAAAAGAUCAUGGAAGAAGUUGUUCCCUCUACUCGUGUAACAUCUUUAAGCUUCAUGUGUGUUUAUUCAAGAAAAAUGGUCUACUCGCCAUUAUGUACAUAUAACCAAUAAAAUUUACAUAUGGAUACUUAUUUCCAUAGCGUGUUGUUCA